AUGGCGGCUUCUAAUGCCGCUGAUGGCAUCCAGUUUGCCACUGAUUCGUCCAUCAUACCUAACGACAUAGAUCCUGGUAAACGUGAUUCUCAUCUGGGAAAUUUCGACUUGCGACAAUACAUCGACUUCAGCAUAGAUCCGGAAGAUCUCCACAAAUGCUGGCUGCCUCCUUACAAUAAGCCCUGCAAUGGAAACUGGGAUGAAUUCUAUGAUGCCUGGAAGCGGGUUCAGAUUCCGUACCUCGACUGCAAUGACUUUGGAGACACCCUCCAGACCAUGUCCAACGAUACUCGUAUCGCCUAUCAACAGCAGCAUAACGGUCUUUGCGACUUGCGUCACGCAUUCUACAGACAGGGUGAUGCUUAUAUACCCUCUGAAGACUUUGAUUACUGUCCUGGUACUAAGAGUAGUCGUAUGCGGAUGCCAAGGCCUCCGUCGAAAGAAGCCGUUCAUCACUUCGCGUACCGACUAAUCUCGAUGGUCCAAAAGCAAGAGAAUGCGGAUCUUGGAAAAUUCGACGGUGGAAAGUGGUGGAUUGCCCCGCCGAACGCAAGCAUUGAGCUCACUUCCGUUGAAACAUCAAAACCAACACCAGACAAGGCGCAGCCUGACGGAGAAGGAGACGGCCUCACUAGGCUCAGGGAAUCGGACCGCGCUAGGGCCGUAGCAGCCAAUUACACCGUCCACUGGGUGUGCUACCAGAGGCACAAACAAAAGGGCACAGAGAACAGUCACUUAGCCGUCAUUAUUAGGGAGAGAGCUACCGGCAACACAUGGUACUUCGACUCUCUUAAUACACCAAAGGACGACGAUGAGGUAAAUCUCGACGAGAAGCACCAAUCCGUCCUUUCCAGUCUGCACAAGUGGCUUAACAAAAACGAAAUUGGCAUUCCCGACAUUCCCGAUGGAAAUCGCCACCGUCGCGUACAGGUUAUUCCUCAAGAUUUACCCUGGGCAUGUGGCCUGCACGCCAUUGCUCACGCCUUAGCCUUCCUUCGCUUUGGCCUCUUGGGCUGGCACGAGAUCCCUACGUAUGCGAGGGAAAAAACCGACAAGGCGAAGUUGACCAAGUUGAGACAUGAUAUGAUGAAGGCGAUGGAGCUAUCAAUGGGACUUAGACCACCCCCGCGCGUGGAUGCUAAUAAGAUCCCACUCCCUGAACACUAUGACGAUCAGCUCGAUCUCAGCAAAUUUCGCUUUCCUACCUACCCAAGUGUCGGUGUGGAAAAGAAAGAUCUCCACAAAAUCGACGAGUACCCUUUUAUGGACAAGCUCGAUGAGAAGGACGAAGAAAUCCUCCGAGAAAAAUAUCGGCGUGUACACGUCGAGUGUUAUGAUGGUGUUUCACUUAGGCCUGAGAGCGUCGACCCCUUCUCUCGCAAGGUGUAUGCAAAGCUUCACAAUGGGUUGUGGAAAAUGAGAAACGGCAGGUUCCUUUCUGGCGAACAGGUGCAUUAUUAUGCAACAAGACUCAUGACAAAAGUUCAAGAGCACCUGCAGCCAGGUGCCCUUCUAGGACCAGCAAGAGCGGAAAACCAAGAUUGGUGGAUAGCGCCGAUUAAUUACGCUAUCUUGUGUGAAAAAAACAUGACUACUGGUAAUAUUCAAUGUCAGCUUAAUAACAUCAAUGAAUUGUCGCCGGAGCACCUCAAUGACACAGAGUCCAAGAAUAUCUACGGAGAUAGGUCCAAGGAUAAAGACAGAUUCGACUGCGCCAAGUACACUGUUCACUGGGUACAUCAUAGAGAAGACUACGAUCAGCAGGACGACGAGGCAGCGUACAGUCUCGAUCACUGGGGAGUCAUAGUCCGCGAGAAGGCCACUAACUUUGCAUGGUACUUUGACUCUAUCAAAGCAGACCGAGAGGACCGGAAAACUAGAGCAAUCAAGGUCUUCAACGAAUGGCUGGAGAAAAAGUGCGAGGUCACGACGGUCUCUGAGAACUUCCUUGUUCCGGCUCUGGGGCAAUCAUCUGGAUGGGAAUGCGGCCUUCACGCUAUCGCGCACGCAGUGGCCUUUAUUCGCUUUGGCAUUUUGGGAUGGCACGCGCUUCCACUUCAAGCAAUUGCGGUUGAUGAGGGCCGAAAGGAAAAUGGAGGUCAGACUGCUGCUCCAGCUCCUUUAGAUUUUUCAAAAAGGUUGUGUGAAACAAUGACAAGCGCUUUGCACGGCCUGAUGGGAGUCUCUUUGCCACCGCCCACUUCCAAAGAUGAUGGAAACGGGACUGCUGAGGCUGUUGCAGACUCAAACGGGAAUACAAACUCAAACUCUGCUGAUAAGACCAACGCGGGCUCUUCUGGGAACUCCAAGUCAGGCCCCUCCGGGAAAUCCAACCCAGGACUUUCUGGAACUAAACCUUCGGACGCCAUGGGAACAUCCAGCCAGCCGCCAGGCAAGAAUCCCGCCGGACUUGAUCGCAUUUCACGAAAGGAUGGGAAGGAACAUGUCGUACCUCAUCCCACAUUUUACAACGCGGUCAGAUAUGAGCAACAAGGCCUAGGAUUUCGGUUUCCUACGUACCCAUCCCUAUCCUUGCCGGCAUAUGAAGUUAGGUCCGUUCGUGACACCCCAUACAACGCUCUUAUCACAAACGAUGUUGCUGCACUUUAUCCCGCUUAUGAGCGGGUGGAUUUCCGAUGUUGCGAUAAUCUCGAACUUCGUGAUCACUCUCAAUAUGCCGAGGGCGCCUAUAAAGAGAUCCACAACGCCCUAUUUGAUAUGCGCAGUAGUACGUAUCUCGAGGACCAAGGAAUGUAUCAUUUGGCUUGCCGAUUUAUCACGUACGUCCAGGACCAACCCGGCGCCAGGUUACUAUUGGGACCUUGGGGGCUUAGACGAUGGUGGAUCGCCCCAAUGGCCUUUUUAAUCGAUGUCCCCGGCCCACGGGGCGAAGAUGUGCAAGAACCGCAGACAUUCUCAGAGCUAGUCACAGAUGUUUGGGGUACUAGCAGUAUUUAUGGAGACGCUUCUUCUUACGAGCAGAUUUUCGAUCGAGCACUUUACACGGUUCACUUUAUCCACCAUCGUACGCCCGAUCAUUGGACAGUAAUCGUCCGGGAAAGCGAGACCGGCCACUUGUGGCACUUUGACUCCGACGGGGGGGAGGAUGGGCGUGAGCGAAGGUUCAACGGAGCCAUCGAUCGUUUGACAACUUGGCUUCGUCGCUGUAACAAACAGAUUCCCGAAACGAGUGAAGCAUUCAAUGUUCCCGUCACAGGGCAAACCCAGGAAUGGGAGUGCAGCUUGCAUUCCAUCGCGAAUGCCAUGGCGUUUCUCCGCUUCGGCAUCCUUGGGUGGAACAAGUUGAAGUGUAUCGCCCUGGAGACGGAUGCGGAUCCGAAACCUCCGGCUCGUAGCGUGAACGCGGACAAGCUCAGAGUGACAAUGAAACGAUCUUUACAUGGCCUCUGGGGCCUCAUGAUGAAGGAAGAUGUUGCGAGUGUCAACAAGCAACUCGCCAAGCAAAUGGAGGAUGAACUUAAGGCGAUGCAGGACGACUCACUAAUAGACAAGGCGAACAUGUCGUUCGAUAAAGUAAUCGAUGCAGUGACAAAUAACCCGGGUGAGCUGAACAGCCUGAACGAGCAGGAGCGGAAGGCGCGAGAGGCACGGGAAAAGAAGAGGAAGGAGCAGAUGGAGAAGGACCAGAGGGAGAUGAAGGAACGGUUCCGGAGGGCGCAAGUGGAGAGGGAGCGGAAGGCGCGAGAGGAGCGGGAGAAGGAGGAGGAGAAGGAGCGGGAGCGGAAGGCGCAAGAGGCGCGGGACAAGGAGCAGCAGGAGAAGCUGAACCAGCAGUCAGGGGCUUCCAACCCUCGUAAGCGUGGAGCGGAAGAUGACGACGACGAGUCGUCCGGUCGAUCAAGCAAGAGGUCCAAGCAAACCCCUGAAGAAAACCCCACAGAAAAUCCCGCCCAGAGCCCCAACAACAAGAGAAAGACACCGCCACCCGACACCGAGCCGAAGCCCGCUAAACGAGCCCGGAGGGAGCCAACGCCAGCACCACAGGCCCCCGUCAGACAGAGUGAGAGGCAACGAAAGGCCACCCAAAAGGCUGCAGAGGCUGUUCAGGAGACAGAAGCUGCUCAGGAGGCAGAGGCUGCUCAGGAGUCAGAAGCUGCUGAGGAGUCAGAGGAUGACGUUGUGGAACUUGAUUGGAGGCAGACCAGAAGGGCCAGAUUUAAGGCAAUGCGCAAGGCCGACCUGAUGGAGGAGUGCAGAAAAAGACUAAUUGCUGGCCCUGGCGACGAGCACAGAACACUCACGUAUAGGGCCAAAAAUACCGUCGACGGUCUUAUCGACGAGUUGAUGUGGUACGAUGAACCCGAGGGAUACGAGGAAGAUCUCGAAGGAAAGGGUUUGGAGGAGUUGAAGGAAAUGUGUAAGACAACGUAUAAGUUGUAUUACGGUGGGAAAAAAUCGGAGGAUAUGAAAGAGAGGUUGAGGUGGUUUUAUGCUGAGCAACAACGGCAUGUUCAGACGCUCAUUGAGGAUGGUGAGAUACCUGCUAAUUGGAAUGGUGAGGCGGAGGUGGAAGAAGAGGAGGAGGUGGAAGAAGAGGAGGAGGUGGAAGAAGAGGAGGAGGUGGAAGAAGAGGAGGAGGUGGAAGAGGAGGAUAUUUCUGAGGAGCCGUAA